AUGGGUCGGAAGGCGGAGGUGCAACGGAUCGCGCUGGAGCGCCUGAUGGGCCCGGAAGUCAUGGGCACCAUGGACAAGAAUGUACAUUUUACGGACGUAAAAGUGUGCCGCAAUUACUUGUGUGGCACAUGCCCACACGACCUGUUUAGCAAUACCAAAAUGGACCUCGGCCCAUGCCCACGCUCGCAUCUGCCGCGAUACAAGGAGAUGUACGAUUCAGCAAUUGCAAGUGGCGAGCAGUUUCCAGAGAUUCGUUCCGAGUACGAGCGCAGUACACAGGCAUUCGUGGUGGAUAUUGACCGCAAAAUCAACGCAAACCGCCGGAGGCUGGAGCAAACUCCGGAAGAAAUGGAGCGCUCCAAUGCAAUUAUGCGCGAUAUUAACGAGAUGGAAGAGGCUAUAUCGGCCGCCAUGUCCGAGAUGGAGUCACUCGGUGAGCAGGGGCGCGUCGAAGAGUCGCUGAAGGAGCUUGCAAAGGUAGAUGCACUCAAAGCCGAGCGUGGGGACAAAGAGAAGGAACUGCAGGUUUUGCAGGAGAAUAGCGGUGCGAGUGGGCAUCAAAAGUUACGGGUAUGCGACGUAUGUGGGGCGUAUCUGUCCAUUCUCGACUCGGACCGUCGUCUGGCGGAUCAUUUUAGCGGGAAGAUGCAUCUGGGCUACCAACGUCUUCGUGAGCUUGUUAAAGAGUUUGAAAAGCAGCGUGCGGGGUCUGCACCGGUGACACAGCGCGCACAAACGGCCAAUGGGCGGCGCAGAAGCCUCUCACCUUCGUAG